AUGCCAGAAAAGCCGUGGACGGAUGUGGCUAUUGACUUUCUAGGACCGUUACCCUCAGGAGAUUAUUUGCUGGUAUUGGUUGAUUACUUCAGUCGAUUCACUGAAGUUAUCGUAAUGAGGCAAAUCACAGCAGAACUGACCAUUAAUGCACUCUUUGAGACGUUCAGCCGGUACGGUAUUCCGGAAACAUUAAGGUCGGAUAAUGGACCUCAGUUCAUUAGUGAGCAAUUCAAAACAUUUUGCGAAGAAUACGGGAUCUGCCAUCAGAAAACAACUCCUUAUUGGCCACAAGCAAACGGCGAAGUUGAGCGUAUGAAUAGCACCAUUUUGAAGCGCCUACGGAUAAGUCAAGAGGAAAAGAGCAAACACUGGAAGUGGGAUUUGAGGAGUUUUCUGUUGAUGUACAACUCAACGCCGCAUUCCACCACCGCCGUUGCACCAUCAGCCUUGAUGUUUGGAAGGGUCUUAAGAGAUAAACUACCAAGCGUAAAUAUUUCAAACAACAUACUUGCAGAAGAAAUAAGGGAUCGGGAUUGGAAGAAGAAAUUGGACUCAUCAGAAAAAUCGGAUGUUCAGAGACGUGCCGUGAUAAACGAUCUGAAGGAAGGAGAUGUAGUAGUGGCAAAACGUAUCACAAAAGAAAACAAAUUGGCUACGAACUUCGGAUCGGAGCUGUAUGAAGUAGUACGGAGAAAUGGAUCAGAAGCUGAAAUUCGUUCCAAGGAAUCCGGAAAAAUCUAUCAUCGGAACGUGGCUCAUCUGAAGCGAUUAAUCCAAGAAACGGACAGAAGUUCAGCUGAACGACAAGAACACAUGGAAGUAGAGGAAAUUGCGACGGAUACGAAGCAUACGAAUACUGAAGCACCGUCAGAGCGAUCGAUCUUCAUUUCAUUACGGACAGUUGGACUGAUUACGAACCAUUGGACUGAAUUGUUUAUCUUGGACGAACCUAUUAUGACUUAG